ACGUCGCACAUAAACAAACUGCGUUACAACUUAACAUUCGCAACAUCACAGACGCGACACAGGCUGCUCCUCGUACGGGGAGCUGUUAUUCCGCACGAUACCUUAGACGAGUAGGAAGCCAGCAAGAGGAAAAAGAAAACUUUUUUGCGGCCGUUUCUUGUUGCUUGCCAAUAUUAUUUUAUUAUUUUAUUUUUUUGAGAUUUCUCGAUACAAACAGGAUAUUUUUAUACUAAGUUGAUAUCACAUGUAAAGACGGAACCGCCACAGCAAACCAAGCCCGGUUCGGAAGAGCGCGCGACGCCGAGCUCCGAGCACCAGCGACUAGACACCUCUCGUCUGACGUCUCACGUGCUGCCUCAUCCCGGCCGGAGCCACGCCACCCCUCCACCUCGGACCCCCAGCACCAUUCAGCGCGACGCUCUCUCACCAGGUAGGCCUCGGAUUGGUUUCCCGAUUAUCUCUCUGGUUCUCCGCCGUUCUUUGUCCAGUUUGCUGCAGGGUUGAAGCAAGGAGUGGUUAAGUGAGAGUUAUUUAUAUUUUGAAAACGUUGGUACUUUUCUUUUUCUAAAUUGUGGUCACAACAUAAUUUGACCUUUUUUGUAAUUGUGCUUCAUUGAAAGAUGACAUAUUUGUAUUACCUGUCAAAGGUUGCAACAAACAACCAUUCCUAAAUUAAGUAAAAGCACCGUUCUCCUAUGCUGGUAUGAGGUGAAGGUUUGAGGACGGUUUCUAACGGGCCUACCGAAGGGCGCCUGAGCGUGUAUCUGCUGUUGCGUGCGUGAACUGAUUUUAUAAUCUGAUAAAAUUAUACUGGUAAGAAAAAGACAACUCAAAGAAGAAGAUAACAGCAAUGAACCAAUUUUCCCGAUGUCAUCUCGAAAAUAUAAAUAACAAAAAAUGUAAAAAUGAGUCAAAGUGUAUUUAAAAUAUUUCGUUGAUUUACUUAAGGCUGCUCGGCGCAAACGUUUACGUUCGGCCUUUUAACCUGACAUUUGAUUCAUAGUUCCGGUGGACCUAAAUGUAAAGCUUUUUGAUGAUGAACGAUCUAUCCUAAACCCUCAAUAAGCCAAACAAGGUCAUGUCCGUUAUCCGUCGUUUGUUAUGAUGCGCGCGAUCAGGGAGGAGGUCAACGCGUGAUCCUACGUGUGGUCACGGUCCGCUCAUGGUGUGAGAGUCAGUUUAAUUCAGCCCACAUGUUUCGCAAUUCAUUGAGAAAACACUAUGCACCGAUGACCAGAGUGUGUUGUUGUAUUCAUGUUUUUCAUGUUUUUAUUUGUUAGAUCUAUGGCAUUCUGACAAUGAACAAGCGCGCUCAGUUAUUGGAACAGCUGCAGUUUGUCCAGUUGAAAUGCACACCUCGAGACAUGCCCUGUGUGCAGGCCCAGUACGGGCCGGUGCCCACCGGCUCAGCCUACUCUGGCCAGACGUUCGGCUACCAGGGCGACAGCUACGGCUCUGACCUUAUGACUCCCGACUACACCAAGCUGGACCUGGGCGGAGGGGGGAUCUCCGCAGCAGCCGCCACCACCUCCCUGCCCAGCUUCAACGUCUUUGUGGAGGGCAGCUACGAGCCCAAAUCGUCCUGCCUCUACCAGAUGCCCGUGCACCGGCCCACCAUCAAGAAGGAGGAGGAGAGCUACCCCACCGCCCCGCCACUGGAGGCCAUGUCCUCCUCCUCCAUGUACUUCAAACAGUCGCCCCCCUCCACCCCUACCACGCCCUCCCUGCCUCACCAGCAAGGCUCCUCCUUCCUGUGGGACGACAGCCCCCACUCGCUGGCCCCGCCGUCCCACUCCCACGCCAUGGGCUCCAGCCUAGACUCGGCCAAUAUCAAAUCCCCCCGCUUCCCCCACUACUACCAGCACUCGCCGCCCCACAGCGGCGGCGGCUACGAGAACCUUGGUGGAGUGGGGCUAGUCCGCACUUCGUCCUCCUCGUCCUCCUCGUCCUCCUCAGUGCCCCACUCCCACGGGCCGGCUCUGGAGCAGCACAUGUACCAGCUGCACCGCGGCGGCGGCGGCGGGGGCGGCCUGGCCUUCCGCUCCCUGGCCCUGGGGCCCUGUGCUCCCCUGCUUGGGGACAGCCUGCCCUCGCCCCCCUCUCGGGGCCCGACAGGGGAGGGCACCUGCGCAGUGUGCGGAGACAACGCCGCCUGCCAGCACUACGGCGUGCGCACCUGCGAGGGCUGCAAGGGCUUCUUCAAGCGAACAGUCCAGAAAAAUGCCAAGUAUGUCUGUCUGGCCAGUAAGAACUGUCCGGUGGACAAGAGGAGACGCAACCGCUGCCAGUAUUGUCGCUUCCAGAAGUGCCUGAGUGUUGGCAUGGUCAAGGAAGUGGUACGCACAGACAGCCUGAAGGGUCGUCGAGGCCGCCUGCCUUCCAAACCAAAGAGCCCCCUGCAGUCGGAAGCCUCUCCCCCCUCCCCGCCCCUCAGUCUGCUCUCCGCCCUGCUGCGGGCCUACUCCCACUGCACGCCCCGGGACCUGGACUACAGCCAGUUCAGCGCGGCGGACCCCCCCACGUCCUCCUCCGACGCCCAGCAGAUCCAGCUCUUCUAUAGGCUGCUCACCAUCUCCAUGGAAACCACGCGGUGCUGGGCCGAGCGGCUGCCCGGGUUCUCCGAGCUCCAUCGCGAAGACCAGAACUUGCUCAUAGACUCCGCCUUCCUGGAGCUCUUCGUCUUGCGGUUGGCUUACAGGUCAAUGCUGUCAGAAGACAAGCUGGUGUUCUGCAAUGGAUUGGUGCUGCACAGGUUCCAGUGCCUUCGUGGCUUCGGAGAGUGGCUGGACUCCAUCAGGGACUUCUCCUCCCACCUGCAGAACCUAAACCUGGACGCCUCCGCCUUCUCCUGCCUCGCCACCCUGGUGCUGCUCACAGAGCAAGUCCCCGGUCUGAAGGAGCCCAAGAGGGUGGAGGAGCUACAGAAUAAAGUGAUCUGUUGUCUAAGGGACCACCUGGGUUUCGGCUCUUCCUCCUCCUCCUCCUCCUCCUCCUCCUCCUCCAAGGCGGCCCCUGCGCUGAACCGUGUCCUGGGCCUGAGGACGGAGCUGCGGUCACAGAGGACCCAGGGCCUCCAGAGGAUCUUCUACCUGAAGCUGGAGGACCUGGUGCCCCCGCCGCCUCUCGUCGACAAGUUCCUGGACACGCUGCCGUACUGAUGCGGACUGCGCUUGCGCCCCCCAUGGCGUGCCCACAGUCCCUGUUUAAGCUCCAGCAGCCCCCCUCCAGCCGUCCCCCGCCACCCAGGAGCACGCUACCCACACGUCCCCAAAGAGAGAAACAGAACCACGACUCACGCGCUCACUCCCCCUCCGCUUAUAUGCAGAGCAGAGAGUGAGCCGAUGAAAAAGAAAACGUUCUCACCCAAAAAGGCACGCGAGGGAACUCUCAGUAGGCUGCUUUCUGCGCGGUGUCUGAGGUGAUUCAUACAACGCCUUACCACUUGUUUAUCUCCCCCACUCUGUUUCAAACCCUCCUGUGUGGACUGCGAGGACGGAUGGGGGGGUUGGCUGGGAUAAUAGGACAUUCUAUGCCCCCUCCCCCCCUUCUCUUCAUGUGGGUCGCUGCUCCACUGAAUUUAGGACCACUGAUCAGAGUGUUCCUGCCUAGCGUGCCCAGGCUACAGCUCCUUCUGGAGGGACGCUUGUCACUUUGACAAAUAGCUAAGGCUGAGUAAGUGUAAGAAUGUUGUUAUUGUUUUGUUUUUUAUCUGCCCGUGUCCCAGGGACAGUGUGACUUGUGUUCCUCCUUUGAAAAAGUGAGGUUACUGCAAUUCAUCAUCCGAUGCUCUACGGUGAAAGUAACGUGUUGAGUCAGAGGACACAGAUAACUCACACGAAACACGCACACACGCACACACACACACACACGCACACACACACACACACACACACACACACACGCGCACACACACACACGCACACACACACACACACACACACACACACACACACACACACACACACACACACACACACACACACACACACAGGUGGCUGUCAAAUUUGGCUCUUAUAUCUAAGUGCAAUUUCUAAGUGCUAUGUUAUUGAGUAAAAAAGAAAAUAUAAUGAUCCAGAUGGAAAAAGAAUGAUUCUUUUCAUAUAUUUCAACUCUAAAUUAUUUUAAUACUAAGACUUGUUGGGUACUGUCUGAAACUGUCAGAGAGUGAGUCUCUGACUGAGUACAGGACACGCACUAACCACUGACGACUCAGUCAACCUGACCUGAACUUGCUGUAGUGAUGUUAGUUUGUUUGUUUUAGUUAAAACUUUGAUUUUAGUUUGUAACGACUCAUUUGAGAACGACAAGUGGAGAAAAUGAACAUCAUUUUAUUUGGGCAGAAUUUUGGCUUGAAAAGCAUUUACACCCCAAUUAGGUCUAUGAGCGCCCCCACACAAACUCACACACUCACACACACACAUUGAAAGACAUAUGACUGUCACUAAGUCCACAGUUGAUACAUUCCGCAGUUAUGCUCUUUUUUAUAAUAAAAACAAAAGAAAACGUGUUCCAAUAGUUAGGGACGAAUUAGCGCGGAGGACUCUGUUGCAUACCGUCUUUAUUUUCUGUAUGCCAGGAAAAGAGAGAUUAUAUGCAUGGUGUGCUGUAAGCUGUCAACAUAUGCUGCCAUAGACUUAUGAAAGAAGCUCAACCUGUGGUAGGCUCACAGACUGCAGCGCUAUGGGGAUCUCCCCAGGCCUCGACCACCCACUCUCGAUCUCUCUCUCUCCUGCUCUCUCUCCCGCUCUUGAGCUCCCUCCCUCCCUCGCCCUCUCUCUCUCCCUCUCUCUCUCUCUCUCUCUCUCUCUCUCACACACACACACACACACACAUAGGUACAAACACGGCAGCAGUUGAAAAUAUGAAAAAAGUCUAUAGAUAUAAAUAUAAAUAUAUAUAUAUACACAAAACUAAUAUUUUGAAGUGUUUUUAGCUUUUUAAAAUAUUGUGGUACGACUUGUGCAUUGUUUUUUGAAGAAGAGAAAGAAGAAAAAAAAAAAGAUAAAAUGUUGUCUUUUCAAUGUCCCUCUUUGGUUUUGAGUUUUGGUUUGAUUCUUUUUUUUCUCUUUGGUUCACUGGAGUUUCUGUUCAGCACUUUGAAAUUAUAAACUAGUUAUGAUUA